AGUGUUGAAUCAUAUAACUCGCCCCUCACACCCCCUUAUCUGAACUAGUGCCUCACCCACUGUCUCUCUAAUGGCCAAUGUCCUCCGAAGUUCAGCGUUGAGGGCACCAUUGGCUCCGCUUCCAACAGCUGUCUCGCCCAACUCUCCCAAACCCUUUUUCGUUUCGUUUAGACGACAAAGGCACCCCAUUCUCCGCUUCUCUCACUUGCCCUCCCUCCGCCUCCUCGUGCCUUUCGCUUCCCACAACCAGCAGGGUGAAACCGAUGCUACUGACACCCUCGAUGCCCAGGACCUUGAGGAGGAUUCCUUAGACGGGGCAGUUAGUGUGGAAGAUAGUACAAGUGAUGCUGAAGAAAGUGGUACAAGUGAUGAUGGGGAAGGUGAUGACAAAAAACCUGUUUCAGCCAUCAUAGCGUCACUACAAUUAUACAAAGAAGCUUUAGCCAGUAAUGAUGAAUCAAAAGUAGCUGAGAUUGAAUCUUUUCUAAAAUCUGUUGAAGAUGAAAAAAUAGACCUUGAAAGGAAAGUGGCUUCUUUGUCUGAAGAACUGUCAGCAGAGAAGGUUCGGAUUCUGAGGAUUAGUGCAGACUUUGAUAAUUUCCGGAAAAGGACAGAUAGAGAACGCAUUUCACUGGUAACUAAUGCUCAGGGGGAAGUUGUGGAGAGCUUGUUGGGUGUAUUGGAUAAUUUUGAGAGGGCUAAAACCCAGAUUAAGGUGGAGACAGAGGGAGAGGAGAAGAUCAACAAUAGCUAUCAGAGCAUUUAUAAACAGUUUGGAGAAAUCUUAAGUUCACUUGGCGUUCUCCCGGUGGAGACAGUGGGGAAGCCCUUUGAUCCGUUGUUGCAUGAAGCAAUUAUGCGUGAGGAGUCUUCAGAAUUUGAAGAAGGUAUUAUACUAGAUGAAUUUCGCAAGGGGUUUAAGCUUGGUGACAGGCUUCUGCGUCCAUCAAUGGUAAAGGUAUCAGCUGGUCCAGGGCCUGCCAAGCCAGAGCAGCAAGUAGCUCCAUCUGAGGAACAUGAUGCAAGUGAAGCGACCAAAGAGGACAGCACAGAAACUGAGUCGGCUUAAAGACCGUAUUUUCCAUCUUGUUUCAUUUUUGUAAAAGCAGUUGUAACUCUAUAGUGUUCAAUCAGUAGGGUAGUAAUGUUUUAUGGGCAUGAUCUCUUAUGGGGGAAUAUUACAGCCGCUUGUCUAUUUAAAGUGAGACAGAAACCGCGUUUGAGGGAAGUCAAGUUUGUUUGAAGGCAGCUGUCUCAAUUUGUACUCAUUUACUAUCAAUUUCUAUUUUGGUUUAUAAACUUUUAUCUUCUUUUGGUGAA